AUGGCCCAGAUCAUCACCAACAUUGUUCAGAAUGUCGGAGGCGGCAUUGGCUUGGUAUCAGAAGCCUACAAAGUCCACAAAGCAAACAAAACACACUCAAAGUCAAAGAACAACUUCCAACAGCAGGAAACCUUGCCAGGAAACGAAAUAGCUGUGUCUGACCACGACGAAGAAGUAUGGGAGCUCGACGAAGCUCAGAAUGACCUGAUCGGCGAACCUGAGAUUCAAGACACGGAUGAAGCGACCGACCCAGGGACUCUUGCGGAUGCAUUCAUCUUGCGAUUACCGCCCUCCUCAUCUCCAACCAAUUUAGGUCUUCCAAGAGGAAAGCUUCCGUACCAAAUCAUCAUCCCACAGCGUCGGCCCAAAGAUCGUAGCCGCGGUUUCGUCAGAGCCUAUCCUCCCAUCCUUGAACUUCAUGGUAUCGAUCAGACUACAUUCAUUGACUUCAUCGAAACCUUCAAUAAGUCCACGCAAGCAUCGAAGUGGAUCGCAGCUCUCAACCUCGCAUCUAUCGGCACAAUCUGGUUACCUACUGUCACUUCCAUCUUAGUAUCGAUGGCCAUCACCGCAGCCACAACAGCGGCGAUGGAAGUCCAGGGCCGCUACAAGACAAACAGGUUCCUGGACAAAACUAACAAGAAUUUCUUCAUGCCCAGAGGUCUGUUUUGCUUGGUCUUGACGUGGAACCCUGAUGCCAGCGAGGCAAGAACUGCUGUGGACUUCGACCGCAUGGCGGCAAAGGUGAUGAACGCACAGAACGAGACCUUUAUGACUUCUCUACGCAAGUCCAAUGGCAAAACUUAUGGAGAAUUCCAAUGGCCCGAGACGGCACCUUUGAUCUACCCAGGUCUGGACGCUCUGCUCUCAAGUCCAACUCAAGAAGCGCAGUCCACGAAGUCGUCUUUGAAGAAGAAGAGGCGAUUCGUGGAGGACUACAUGGACCGACGAGCGCAAGCCAAGUUUCUUCACNAGGCGAAAGACAAUCCUGACAGUGCUCUUGCUGCAGGUCCAAAACCAGAAUUUGCUUCUCGCUUUGCGGAUCCCAGUCAUCCAGUCAACAGUGGUUCACUGGUCGCGUUAUUGUCGGGAGGCGUGAUUCAGAUACCUGAACGUAGCGCCAUGAUAGGCGGACGCGGCGGAAGUCUCGGUGAUCGUGGCAGCUUGAGUGCUGCUCGUUUCGACAACAAUGCCAGAUCUGGAAGAGGCAUGAGCCGUCGAGCCCCACUAGGUAGAGGAUUGGGCGGGUUGUUUGAGAUUUCGCAAGGUCGAAAUGCUCCCNCGAACACCGACAGGAGUAUGCAGCGAGGUUUAGGAGCACCGCGUGGUGGCCGAGGGNGCAGCAAUGCAGGACCGCUGGAAAUCGUGCAGAAGGUCAUGAAANAGGAUGUUCUGUACCUUCUCAUUGUCGACAUGCCUUCAGAUGACGAAUUGGCUGCAGCACAAGGGAUUGCUUCCGAACUGUUGGGUAGCCAGACGAGAAGUUAA